GAUAUAUACCAAGUGUCACCUUGGGACCAGCUCGCCUGGGAUUUGGGACAAGACUUGGGAGAUGAGCCUGUGUCCCAGCCACGUCUCUUCAAGUCUCAUCUCCGACUGGCCUCAAUCAAUCGAGGAGCAAAAUACAUUUGUCUGGUGCGACGUCCUGAAGAUGUAUUUCGAAGCUGGUGGCGCUUUUUGCGCGACAAAGAUGUACCUCCAUUGCAGACUUACAAAUCAAUAUCUGAGUUUGUUUUUGACAAGGACUAUGUUGCAGAAGGCAUGCGGUUUGGAGCUUCUCUUUGGGAAUACUACGUAGAGUUCUAUAAGUGCAUUGACCUUCCAGAAGUCUUAGUCCUGUGUUAUGAGGACUUGCAGGAGAGUGUUGCAGGUCACCUGGACCUGAUCUCCACAUUCUUGAGCUGUGCGCCCUUGAGCCACGAAGAGAGGGGUCGUGUACUCCAGCUUUGCAGCCGAGACAGCAUGGCGGCUGCAGACCAUAAGUUCGAUGAGAGCUGGACCUACAAAGAGCUCAGGCGAUUGGGCCGCUCUCCCGACGGUGCCACUUCAUUCCGUCCAGCCACUCGCGUACAUCUACAGCAGAGUCACGAAGGCUUCAAUCAGUCUGCCAAAGAGUUUCUGGAGCAACAAUGGAAAGCGGUGGUGGGAUCUGUCACGGGCCUUCAAAACUAUGAAGAUCUUGUAGAAGUUGUGAGGGCAGAGCUGCAAAAGCGUGCAGGGCAAAAUUGCCAGAGAGACUGUGACUU